ACGCUGUCAGACAGGUAACCUCGACCAGUCUCGUGACCAGGGAAUGAGACCUCCAUGUCGCCCAGGGCGUGGGUGAGAGGCGGCUGACGCAUAACGCCUUCCAAGAGUGGCUACACGCACCUUCUUAUACCGUUAGCCCAACUGCCUUUCAGGGUACCGGUGCGAAUCAGUCGCAUCUAUUCCAAGAACACCGCUGACCACAGCCACGCCAUAACGCAAUCGUGUUUCCCAUCCCGCUUGCUCAUCAAAUGGCGAGAGGUGUGGCGGGGAAAGAGUGUCAGCGAGCGACGCAACCAAAAACGAAAGAAGCCCGGGAGACUCCAUCCAAGUGAGCAAGCACACGGGAGCGCCAGCGCGUCUCUUGCCCUCCUCUUCUUUUUCGCUCGAGCUCUCCUUCGGGAGGAGGUCGACGAUGCUGGAAAUGGAGAGAGCACACCUUCCCAUUGACUGGCCACCUCGCCGCUUACGGAAAAAACGAUUAGCAUUCUCGCCGGCCGUUUCAGAUCAAUUCUGCCUUGUCUUCCUCCUCGGUCGAGUGUCUCGACUCCCCGCGUGACGUUGCCAAGGUCACGUGACGCGAGACGAGGAGAGCCCGCGGAGAGCCCGCGGAGGAGGAAGGACGGGCGUCCCUCCGCGUAUCCAUUCCUGCUGCUGGCGGUGAGAGAGAGAUAGAGAAAGGGGGGCCGUGCAAAUAAGAAAGAAACAAGCGCAAAAGAUAGGCCAACCACUAAAAGUUGACUCGCAGGCUCCGGCUUUAUCAAAGCUGUCUGAGAAAUCGUCCGUUCGCUAUCGGAUCUGCACCGGUGUCGUUUACGCGCGCAGAAUCCCACCGUCAAGUGUUCUCGAGACGAGUAGCGGCUAUACACCGAGCGCAUCGACCGCGGAGCACGUUUGCAGAGCUCUUUUCUAAGGCGUUUGUCAGAGCAGUCUUUGCAAGGAGUGCCCGUGUCGUGUUCCACUUGAAACGGUCGCAGGCCCGCAAAGCCGUUCAUAUUUGACGCCAGCCGGUGCCAGGCGAGUCUCGUUCAGAGCGCAGCGGUAGCAGCAGCGAGCCACGUGGAAAAGAUGGGCCGGGUGCGCCAGUUCCGUUCCUUCUGCGGCAUCGACGAGGUGUCCGCCACGAGCAGCCUCUGGAAGUCCAUGGUGGCCGAAUACAUCGGGACGGCCGUGAUCGUGCUCAUCGGCUGCGGCUCGUGCAUCAACUGGGGCUCGCCAGACAAGCCGCAGGGCGAGGCCACCAUGGUGCAGAUCGCCAUCGGCUUCGGCAUCACCGUGGCCACCAUGGUGCAGGCGUUGGGCCACGUGAGCGGCGGCCACCUGAAUCCGGCCGUCACCAUCGGCAUGCUGUUCGUGGGGCGCGUGUCGCUGCUGCGCAGCUUCUUCUACCUCUGCAGCCAGCUCAUCGGGGGCAUCACUGGCGCCGCCAUCCUGCGAGCCGUCACCCCGGAGGCGCGCCACGGGGCCCUGGGCGGCACGUCGCUCGCCGAGGGCGUCACGCCUCUCAUGGGCCUCGGCGUCGAAGCCUGCAUCACCUUCAUCCUGGUGCUCACGGUGUUCGGCGUCUGCGACGCCAACCGGCUCGACGUCCAGGGCUCGGCGCCGCUGGCCAUAGGUCUCUCGGUCACCACCUGCCACGUCUUUGCGGUCCGGUACACGGGAGCAGGCAUGAACGUGGCACGCUCUUUCGGUCCGGCGGUGAUGUCUGGAAUGUUUGACGACCACUGGGUCUUCUGGCUGGGACCCAUCCUCGGAGGCGUGAUCGCCGCCGUGGUGUACGAGAACGUGUUCCAGGCGCCGCCCAUCACCAGCGAGGAUCUGGACAAGGCCCAGAUCACGGUUAUGGCCAAGCUGGCCAACAAGGAGGUGGUCGCCGAUCGCACCACGUCCAUCUGAGCUCCACGACGCGUGCACGGAGCAGAGCGGCGAGGCACCCUUCACCACGCUUGGACCGCCGCUCGCUGCGUGCCAGUUUAUUACUUUCCCAGGUGUCGGAAGCGCGGGCUUUCUGUGGUGUUGCUUCUUUCACCCUUACUUUGUUCCUAUCACUGAAGCGCAAUGCAAGCGUCGAUAAGGCAUCGAAUGAAGCUAGCUAUAUAAUAGUCAUUCGUACAAAAGAAAGCACGAGCUGUAAAAAUGCGCACGAAUACGUCCCCGGGAGCCCGGGACGACUGCGUUUGAUAUCGCGCCUACCUGGCAGCUGAAAACGAGCACCACCGCUAGCCGCGGUCGGUAUUCGUCUCGCCCCUAUUAGUCAUCGUGUGUCGUGUGAUUUCUUUACGGUGUAUCAUUCCUCAUCACAAAGUGCUCACGUCAUCUCUGCAGUGCCGCACCGCAGCUGUCAACGUGUGUUUUUUUUACACUAAAUUUAAAGAAAAUUCUGCGCGUAGCAUCGCGUUAUUGGGUUAAUUUUUUCUGAUUUUUUUUCUUCUUCUCUCUCCUUUUAUUCCUUUUACCCCUUUCCCCAGCACAGGGUAGCCAGCCGGCGCUUACACUGGCUAACCUCCUUCUCGUUCCUCCCCUUUUCUCUCUCUCUCUCUCUGCACUUUACAACAGGGAUACCGAAAUGCUGAGGCGCACACUUUGAAUUGGCGGCGCACUAAAUAUUAAGGUCUCACGUCUGUGACUCCCGUACACGAUAUGCUCUUGUUGCCGAACUCCAGAGCGCUAAUGGAAGUAUCAUUAGAGGCGAAUGUCGCGUAUCUGGGUCCAAUCGCUGUUGUUUAAACAUUUAUCAAACAAUUGAGCGGUAUAAGACAGUUCCGACGCAUGCGCCAUUGGAACACUCCUUGAGAGAUAAUUCUGAAAUUGUUAUAGCAGGCAUCUGCAGAUCGUACCUUGUUUUGUUCACAUCACAUCGCAACUCAUAAUUGUCAUUCUUACUGGUUAACCAUACAAACACAUAGAGCCGGUAAUAUUAUACUCACCAGAUCACCGCGUUUGGUUACAUAGUAUGUAGUGCACAAAAUCAAUGCAUCUUUUUAAACCACAUAAGCUUCUGAAAGUUCAAAAACGAUUGAAACUGAUCUGUGCAGCACAAAUGGUUCGCAUAAAGUGCCAUGCACUGCCGUGCGCUUCGCGUGUAACGCAAGAUGCUCAGGUUACAACUGUUUCACCAUAAGCGGUGCGCUUUGUUGCAACUUGUGUCGUGUGCCAGGCGCGCGACAAAUGUAAAUAAUAUUGUUCCACUAACCACAGACACGCUGUUUCCCCAGCAAGUGCUCGGGCACAUACCGUGUCAGCCAUGUACACAUUCAACGAACCAGUGCUGUUUGCAUUCAUGUUGUAAUAAAAGAGAUAUUUAAUGCCCGG